AAAUAAUACUACAACUCCCAACGAGGCCAAGACAAAAUUGAACUCCUAAGAAAAUUCUAAAACGACGGCGUUGUGUUUGUCGACUUCUCACCAACCCUGAGAGAGUGAGAAAGCAAGUAGGCAACAGCCGCAAAGGCACCUGUCCAUCUCCUUUGCAGUCCCUUGGAAGUGAUGGAGCCAAUCGAAAAAUAUCAAACACUUCCAUUAUAAAAGACUCCCUUUUGCUUUUACUUCUUCCCACCAAACAAACUCCCCUCCCUCAACCCCUACAUUUUACUACGCUCUCUGAAAUCUUAGUUACAUCCAUGGCAGCAACAUCUCUAAAUGCCCCUAACGCUCCUCUCCUUCAAAAGACCCAUCAAACUCAUGUCUUUCUCAAACCCAUCUCCACCAUUCCUUGUCAAACCUCUGCCAAGCGCUUCUCCAUCUCUUGUUCCGCAACUACCCAAGAUCGCCUCUCCGUCCAAUCCCAAUCUCAAGAUCGGGUCUUUAACUUCGCCGCCGGUCCUGCCACCUUACCCGAGAACGUUCUCCUCAAAGCCCAAUCCGAGCUUUACAACUGGCACGGAUCUGGCAUGAGCGUUAUGGAAAUGAGUCACCGUGGUAAGGAUUUCCGUUCUAUUAUCGAAAAAGCCGAGGCCGAUCUCCGUUCCCUUCUCAACAUCCCUGAAAACUACGCCGUUUUAUUCCUCCAAGGUGGAGCCACCACCCAGUUCGCUGCUGUCCCUUUGAAUCUCUGUGCCCCAGGUGACUCCGUUGAUUAUCUUGUUACUGGAUCUUGGGGAGACAAGGCUUUCAAAGAAGCUAAGAAAUACUGCAACCCCAAAGUCAUUUGGAGUGGGAAAUCGGAGAAUUACGUCAGGGUUCCCUCGUUCGAUGGUUUAGAACUGAACCCGAAUGCCAAGUAUUUGCAUAUAUGCGCCAAUGAGACCAUUUACGGGGUUGAGUUCAAGGACUACCCAGUUCCCUGCAAUCCAAAUGGGGUUCUUGUUGCUGAUAUGUCUUCCAAUUUUUGUUCCAAACCUGUUGAUGUAACCAAGUUUGGGUUGAUUUAUGCUGGUGCGCAGAAGAAUGUGGGGCCAUCCGGGGUUUGCAUCGUGAUCGUGAGGAAGGAUCUUCUAGGAAAUGCACAAGAGAUUACCCCUGUGAUGCUUGAUUACAAGAUCCACGCCGACAACAACUCUUUGUACAACACACCUCCAUGUUAUGGGAUUUAUAUGUGCGGGCUGGUGUUUGAAGACCUUUUGAAGCAGGGAGGACUGGAAGAGGUUGAGAAGAAGAACCACAAGAAAGCUGGUAUAUUGUACAAUGCCAUCGAUGAAAGCAAAGGAUUCUACAGGUGCCCUGUUGAGAAAUCUGUAAGGUCGAUGAUGAAUGUUCCAUUCACAUUGGAGAAGUCAGAGUUGGAGGCUGAGUUUUUAAAGGAAGCCGAGAAGGAGAAGAUGGUGCAGCUCAAGGGACAUAGGUCGGUGGGAGGCAUGCGAGCUUCCAUUUAUAAUGCUAUGCCUUUGGCUGGAGUUGAGAAGUUGGUUGCUUUCAUGAAGGAUUUCCAGGCAAAGCAUGCUUGAUUCAUGUCUCUUCCUAUAUAAAUUGCGUAGGUUGCAUUCUCCUCGACUAAAACUGAGAAAUAGUUUGGACCUUAACACAAAGAAUCGAGAAGAAACUUUUGCUUAGGGCAUUAGAUGCAAAUAGGAGCAACCCCAGAGGAAAACUUGGGGAGCUCAAACAACCGUCAACAGUAACUAAUGCUUGGAUUACAUCUGCAGAAAGUGGUGUCGAUAAAGAGAGGGAUGGAUCUUGGGAGAACAUCGGUCCAAGGUGAGUAGGCUUGUUGCACUUAAGAAUCUGUGGCUGCGGAUAUAAAUUUUCAAUGAUGCCACAAAGUAUGAGAUUCUGCAGUAAGUUACUAAGUUACGAGUAAACACUUGCAUUCUUUCAUCUUAAUAAAGGGCACUGAAAUAAAA